UUUUCGCCGGUGGUUACGAGUACCUGGCUUUCUGUGUGCAUAAUAUCCUAUUAUGUACAUAUGUCGGGCGAUUGUUUACAGAUAAGACGACAUCAAGAUUUUUAAAUUGAUCUUUAGAAAGUAUGUAGUGGUCUUAUACUACUUACGCCGGAAUAACAUCGUAGAUUAGAUGAUAAUUGAUAACUAAUUAGCACGCGCCAAAAUUAAGAUUUAAUUCGACAGCCAUGGAUGUGCAGCAGAUUUUAGCUGAGCAUUUUCCUGAUGAUGUUUCUGUCAAUGACCUCUGUGACUGUGGGCAUCACAAACGCCGACAUCCAAGAAAUCCAAUGCAUGGGAGAAUCAAAAGGGUUCAAUUUCCCGAAACUGACUACCAAUCAACUUUCAAGGCUGCAAAACAGCCCCGCCCGAGAUCUUCCAAGCGACCGCCUGACUCCCCAGGGGGCGUGAACGAGGUACUCAACAGACCCAUCCGAAUGUCGUUCGACACCAAUCAGCGAGACGACUUCAAGGAUCCUAAAGUCAAAGAUCGGACCAUGGCCAUAGUUCCCGAAACCAACUAUGAGGCGCAAGAUGUCCCUAUGGAGAUACAAACCUCGUACACUUCUGAGUUCAUCAAUAAACCGCUUCCUAAGGAAUUCCGAGGGAUGGAACCGGUUGGUAAUUAUGUGAGCUCCUCAGCGAAAUUUGACGACAACACAACUAACAAGGACCAUUUUAAGAAAUGGGUGCGACAACCAACGAUCACGUUUGGAGAGCUACCUAGCUUCACUGGAUCGAUAUUGUUCCCCAACACUAAGAGCCAACCCCGGAACAAGAACAAGAGCGAAACAAUGGCAGUUUUCAAAGGAGAAUUCAUGCAAAGACCGGAUGCUGUCAGACUGGACAAGGCUAACAUUACAAUGGAAGGGGAACAUUUCAUGGAUACCACCCACAACGAUACCUACAAGAAAAUUGACGGCCACCACAGGGCUGAUGCCUUCUAUCAAAAGCCAAAAAUUGAAAUAUCUAAAAAAUUAGGGACGUUCCAAAAGCAAACCCAAUCCAUGUCCGACUUCCCAGGAUAUUCGAACGGAAUGCCCACUCGCAUGCGACCUGCAUGUCCUGCACCUUCGACUAUUGAUCUCAGGUUUGACAACAAGAGGGCAUUUGAUACAGAACAGAGGACGAUCUACAAAGGACACGAUGUCGUUCAGAACCCGAUGGUAAAACCCUGCAGGUUUGAUUCUGAUGAGUACAUCCCACCUACAGAGAAAUUUACUACAGAAACUUCACACAAGAAAGAUUUUGUCCCCAUUGACAUCCCGAUGAACUUCCUACGACGAGCAUCUGCCCCGGGAACGAACUACGUCCAGAGUAGCCAACGGUUUGAUGACCAGACCACGAGCAAAGAAUUCCUGAAGAACUGGGGAACGCAGAAACGUGUCCGUUACGGAGAUUUUCACGAGAAUUUAAAUGUCCAACCAGUCUCCAAAUUUGGAGGCAUUAGCGUGACCAGGGAUUCUUUUGUCCCCAAGGGCAUAGUGGAAACUAAGGACUUCCGUCCCGAGCACAAAGCUGUCAGUCAGGACGGUGACAUUGUAUUUGAUACUGUCUACAGGGACACAUUCCAGAAGCCUAAGGUUAAAGCAUGCCGCGCUCAGAUUUUUCUGGCUCAGCAGGAAAUUCUGAGACAACAGCGGGCCAAGGCGAUAGCCUCACACUAAAUAAAGGGUUUUUAGUCUGUGACUGAAUAACUUCAUGUGACAGUCCUUCAAAAUGUGUCAUUUCGUGUUUCUCUACACUCAAACCUUGACACAAGAAACAGAAAACUUUCAAAAUUUAACAAAUUUUUCGUCUGGAAACAACAUUUUAGAAUACAUUUGUAGUAAAUCGUGCUUUAAUACUCGAUAAGAUUGUGUUUCACAUUUUAUUAGGUAAAGAGUAUAAAAGUGAAAAGAAACAUCGCAAACUUGUUACCUCAUGCAGAUUAGAUGCUGAAAAUUUUCUGAUGGGAAAAACAAAGUUGUCUCCCUUUACUAGAAACUGCCUCUGGAAAUGUCAGUAUAAAAUGCUGCUGUUCUGUACUGGAGGUUUCAUGAAUAAAUUAAUUAUUUCUAUAUCAAUAAUUCAUCUUAAAGUAAAGAGUAUAAAAGUUAAAAGAAACAUCACAAAACUUGUUAUCUCAAGUCUGAACAGAUAAUGAAAAUUUUCUGACAAGAGAGAGAAAAGUUAUCUCCCUUUUCUAGUAACUGCCUCUGGAAAUAUCAGUAUAAAAUACUGCUGUUCUUUACCGAUACUAUAAUGAGUAAAUCACUUUUUCUUAAUAUAUAUCAAUAUUUCAAUUUAGAACUGUCAUCAUGUAAUUUCAUCAAAUCAUCUGAAAUGUCUUCAGCUAGGAUUCUUGUGAAUAGGCUAAAGAGAAUCUUUUGAGUGAAAAAAAAAGUAUGUCUUUGAAUGCUUUUAAAUAUAUGUAUCCUAGAACCGAUUCCAAAUGCACAGCAUGUCAUUAUCAUCCCAAAGGAAAUGGAACUUUGUACAGGGUCGGUGAAAUGUUUUCUCUGUAAGCAUUGCUGUGCAAAUUGAAAAUAUAUUUAAGAGUCCAUAUCACAAAAAUAUUAUUUUCAAGUUCAUUUCUAAGGUGCAUGUUAGAAAUAACUAGCCAGCAGGCUUGACACCGGCCCAUCAAUUUGUUUUUUAUUCAUACAAAUACAUAUUCAGUUUACAUAAAUGUGAAUAUUUUGGCUGAAUAUUAACAUAGAGCAGUUUUAAUUUUUGUGCCAAUUGAGACGGAUGUAUUUCUUUAUUACCACUGUUAUCAUGCAGGUAAAAAUGUUUCCGAGUUACAGUCAAAGUAUUUUACAGGUACAGGGAUCCUAAAAGAUGUACAUGUACUAGAAUUUUUUUAUUUUUUUUUACAGACCCUACCCUUAUUGCAUUAUUUAUCGUAAAAUAUGAAAUUAUUAAAAAUUAUGACCAUAAUCCUUGAAAGCUUCAUUCUGAUCAGGUUCAGACUAAAGUCAUAGACCAAACAUGGCUUGUGAAAUUAGGAUGUUGUGCAGAUUAUUUUUAUUUCUAUUUUUUUUUCAAUUUCACAAAUUUUGCAUUAUUUUUUUUCAAAAUUUGACUUACUGACUUUCAAGAUCUGAGUGAGCAAGUAUUCUCAGACAUAAGGCAGUAGAUAAAAUAUGAUAUUUUGAUAAGCCCAUAUUUGGUGAGUGCUCGAUUUAUUUCUUUACUGUGUUUUUUUUUUUCUAUUUAUACAAAAAUAGGAUGUUUUUCUUUCAGAUUUUUUUCUAAGAAGUCAACAGUUUUAUAUUGUCUUUAAAUAUGAUUUGUUUUAAUUAUGAAUUUGCCAAGUGAUUUUAUGAGCAUUUAUUAAAGAGUGGCUAGCUGAAGAAAGAAUACAGUAUUUAUAUCUUGUGCAAUUAAUAGUUAAUAGUUUCGAAAAUAGAUUAUAGAAUUAAUGAAUCUACUAAUUAUUGCCCAAAGUAACUAAAUAAUGUAAUAUUGUUUUGGGGAAUUUGGAAAAUGGGAUUUAUUAAAUAUUUUAUAAGGCUCUGGGCGUGUUAUAUAUAUAUAUGUUUAUUGUAAACUUUAUUUAACUACCUUAACCUGUUUUUGGAAUACAUGUACAAGGGUUCCUGAUACAUAUAUCUUCUCUGCUCCCUUAACCCUUUCAACCCUAUGUAACUUGAGUGAACUCUACCAUGCAUUAAUUAGGAAGAGUCCAUUAUGGUCUACAGUGGUGAAAGUGUUAAGCAUUUUAUGUCAUGGCCAAAUUCAAGGCUCUGGAUGUGCCACAACGUGGAUGAUACCAGUAGACUUGUUUGAUCCAACAAAUCGAUAAGCUUUGAAUCUGGCUAUCACCCCGGUGUAAGUUUCAAAGGACAGGUAUCAACCUGGCAGUUACUCAGUUUUCAAUAAAAUUAAAAUUAGAUCUCCAAUUUACUGAUUGAUCACGUAAACGGGAGCGAUGUGAAGAUAUCAUUUGUAUUAGAUUGGUCAGUAGCUUCACAAGCCUUCAAUUCUAUCGUUACAUAUUCCUAUGUUGCAGAGAAGAUGUUUGCAUCUGGAAAGGAACCCUUGCAUUACAAAAAUGAGGGGUAGCCAUACUCACUAAUCAUGUACUGUAUUUAACAAUGUUUGUAAGCUAAUUUUGUCACCAAAAGAUUUCAUAUGGCUUUGUUGUAUAAAUCUUUAUAUUGUUUUAUUUAAAGAGUUUAUUUUUUCAUAUUUGAUACAUGAACUCAUUCACCCCUGAAGACACACUUGAACUCUUCCAAUCCAAUGGUUGGAAUAGUCCAUUAUGACAUUUCAGGGGUGAAUGAAUUAAUCAUAGCUAUAUACAAUUAGUUAUAGUAUUUUAAACUUAUAUACAGUUCAGUAUUAUGGUGAUAAGGGUCAUUUUAGUACUGUAAACAUACAAAUUAUAGCGAUAGUCUUAUUUUAGCAAUAUUCAGGCUUUAACCCAUUCACCCCUAAAGUCACAUUUGAACCUUACCCAAUCACAGACUGGGCAAGUCCAGUGUAAAUAUGUAAGGGUGAAUGAGUUAAACAUUGUGCUAAUUAAAAAUCCCUGUAUAUUGUUUUUUAUGGCAUAUUUUGUGGAUGCGCCAAUUCAUCAAAGUGCCAAUCUGUUUAAAUCUAAUAAUGCUCUAAAAUAUGAGUGUGCCAAGAUUUGUAUGCUUACAGUAUAUAUUUUUUAUCAAAGUGGAUGUAAAAUUAAACAAGUACAAUAUAUUGUAGUCCAUUUGACCAAUUUUUAAUCAAAAACAGAAAUAUCAAAUAAAUAUACUGACCUAAUGGGAUAUUUAUAAAUGUGUUUAAACCAAAUAAGUUUUGUACCUUAUAACUAAUUCGCCCCAGAAAUUUCAAAAUGAACUAUUCCAACAUUUGAAUUGGAAGAGUUCAAAUGUCUCUGAAGGGGGGAAUGAGUUGAUGAGGCAUUUUACUGUUUAAUUAUCUGAUGGAUAUGUAUUUUCUGAGAAUGAAGGUUCUUAAAAUGUUUUCCAUGAAUUUUAGUAUUCGAGGAUAAAUCAUCUCUUUAUAUUUGUCCUUUGUUUUAUAUACACAAUGUCUUUCAUUAUUUCUGUGUUUUUAUUAUGCUAAGUAACCUUUGUAUGGUUUUCAGGUUUCAGUGACUUAUAUUUAUCAGCUAGUUGGCUGAGACAGGAUAAACUCAGAUCACAAUGUCAUUUACUCAAGUUCGAAUCCAUUUAAAAAAAAAAAAAUUAACAGAGAUCAUUAUUUUUUAACGACGUACUCGGUUAUUUCAAACUUUGCUUUUGAAUUGGCAACUAAGGCCUGAAAGAGAUCUCACUAUAUCUAUCCUUCCAAUCUGUAAAAAUUAUGCACUGUCAAAAAAAGAAGACUUUUGCAGAAUACUUGUUUUAAAAGUGCCUUUCUUAUUGCAAAAAGAUAAAUUUGCCACACAAAAAUUUGAAAAUAAUCAUUAUAUUCCAUAUGCUUAUUAUGGUACACACAUUUCAAUGCAUCAAUGAAAUUUGUCAAGCUAUUAGCACCAUGAUAAAGCUCUUCAUCAAUCUUUAUGUAUUUCAGUGGUAAGUUAACCCUUUCACCCCUAUGCAACUUUAGUGGACUCUAUCAUGCUUUGAUCUGGAUGAGUCCAUUAUGGUCUGCAGUGGUGAAAGGGUUAAGAAGGUACCACUGAACCUUGGUCCUCUAGUAUAUGUGGAACACUGUGGAACAUUAACUUACCAUGUUUGAUUUUAAUCAAAUUAAUCAUAUUUUUAUAUCAUGUAUUUGUGUGUGUGUUCUAAUUUAAUAGGUCACAGAAAUCAUACAUUGUGACUUUGUAUGUUUUUUUGACAUUUUGUGCACCACAAGGAAAAGACACGUGAUUAUUAUAAAUAUUAAAUUAUAGGAACAGCACCGUUUCAUCAUAUGAGUAAUAUUUAAGUUGUACCUAGCCCCCGUGUCCAUUACAACAUGUGUACAUAGACAAUACAAAGGGGAGGUAAUCCACAAGAUCGACUUGAUUUAUGUUUUCAAACUGCACAUGUAUAUUAUUCAAUAGCUCCUAUAACAGUGCUUACUGUAUGUGAGUUAAAUAUUUGAAUUAGAUGUCAAAAAUUUAUAUUUCUUUAUAUUUACUAUGCUCUCAUUAUACGAGUUCUGUCAAAAUACAUUCUGCCAAAUCUAAAGCACUGAGCACUACUGAAUGCUAUUUACAUAUAUGUAAAGUUUCACAUCAAUUUUAGGAGGAGGCUGUGUGUUUUAUUUUUAUUUACAAUAGUCCUUAUUCUCUGUGAUUCAAGUCUUUAUUAUUGAGGGUGAUGAGAGCCUGAGUCAUCAGUAAACGACACUUGGCUAGUUAUGUAGUUACUAUAGCACAGGGACCUGAGAAUUUGUUACAGAAAGUAUUUUUGGACCUAUCAUGAUAUUGAGUGGGUGAUAUUUAGUGUGUCGAAGGUUUAAAUCAACACUUAGCUAAAACAACAUUAAGGAAUUAAUUGCCUUUCCACCAAGCGUCGAUAUAAAUCUUCAGCAUGUCCAAUGUUACUCUGUAUCACAUCAGUUUUAGUCCAAUACUGUGUAACAAAUUUGCAAGUCCCUGUGGUUACCAGCAUAUGCGUUGUGAUGCAUUUAAAUGUCUACGCUUUGUCCAUAAUCUGUGAUGUUGAUUUUUCUGUGAUAUAAUUCUUUAAUUUCUUAACUUUUGUCCAAUACUACUGUUAAUCAAUUAAAAUAAAUAUGAUAUAAAAUCAUUUAA